AGGUGGUGUUUGCUUUCCUGGCUGAAGGUCGGGGUUCCUGAACGCCCCUUGGAAAAGCGGGGCAAUUGAAUCCUGCAGUGCUGGUGGGGCAGCCCGAGCAGGAGUUACAGCCCUGGCGUGAAAACUCUUGUCACCUCUCCUGUGUUAGCUACUGAGCACUAAAUGCAAAAUACCUAUGGAGGAGGAGCAAGUUGGAACUCCUCACAUGCACCAGCUGUUCUAGACUUAACUAAACCUGCAGAGAUGACCAUAACAGAUGACAUCAAAGAUGAUUAUCAGUAUGAAGAGGUUUCAGCAGAUGAUGACUUCAGUCUUCAUGAAGAAGAUGAGGAUCUGGCCAAAGCUUUGCAGACUAUUCAAGACCAGGCUGAAGAUGCCAAAAUUAUGGAUUUUCUGUCGGUUCUGACUUCUGAGAAAUUGAUAUCAGACACACCUCAAGCAAUGGAUGACUUCUUCUGCAAUUUCCUGGUCAGACUGGGAAUGUCUAGAACCCUUGACUGCUUCCAGACUGAAUGGUACGAGCUGGUAGAGAGAGGUGUGUUAAGGGUUGGUGAUGCUGGGCUGGUUCCAGACGUGUACACUCGCAACGAGCAACUCGAGACUGAGAAUCUGAGCUUGAAGAAAGAUCUGGAAAGCUACAGACACUCUGUCAACAAAAUAGAAGAGGCUCUCCUAAAAAUGGAGAAGGAACGAGACUUCCAUCGAAUGAAUCAUAAGCGAGUGGUCCAGGAGAGAAACAGGCUGGUUUGUGACUUGAAAAGGCUGAAGGAACAUUAUGCAUCCUAUGAACCAAUGCUGAAGCAGCUGUCAGAAAAAUACCAGAAUUCACUGACGCAGAAAAUGUUAACCAGUUUGGAGAGAGACAAAGCAAUGGGGCAGGUUAUAGGUUUGCAGGCUGCGUUAGAAAGUUUGGAGUCUGGAUAUACUAAGAAGAUCUGUGAGACAAAAGGCCAUGAUUGCACAAGGAAUGAAGGGUUUGAAGGUCCCACCCAGAAAGCUCUUCGGGAAGCCAGGCAGCAAAAAUUCUUUGUUGUUGCAAGCUCUCCCUGUGAUUCAGAUGAAGAGGCAGAGAAGAAGCUGGACAAGAAAGAUCUAAAGGAUUCAGAGUUCCCUGAUGAUCGUGAAGGGACCCCAUCCUUUGAGCAUGCUAAAGAGCACACUGAACCCCUGAAAUCUGGACAGUAUCAGCUGAGCAGCAUUUUGAAGGUGCACGACUUCGCAGUGACCUGCUUGGCCUUGCACCCGCGGAAGAACAUCGUGCUCACGGGCGGCGAUGACCGCCUCUGGAAGACGUGGGGCUUCCCCGAUGGGAACAUCCUCCUGACAGGGGAGGGACACACGGACUGGCUCUCAGGCUGCUGCUUCAGGCCCAGUGGCACCCAGCUGGUGACAUCGAGCGGCGACACCACGGUGCGGCUGUGGGACCUGUCGAGGCGCGGCUGCAUCCUGACCCUGCGGGGCCAUUCCCGCGCCGUGCGCGGCUGCUCCUGGCACUCCUGCGGGGACUUCGUGGCCUCCGCCUCCGCCGAUGGCACCAGCAAGGUCUGGGAUGUUAACAGUGAGAGGUGCAGAUACACCCUGCGUGGCCACAAGGGCUCAGUCAACAGCAUCGAGUUCCUGCCCUUCUCCAGCACCGUUGUCACCAGCUCUGCUGACAAGACCUUGUCUCUCUGGGAUGUCAGAACGGGUGUCCGUGUUUACACAUUCCAGGGUCACGUGCAUUCCUGUAAUCACGCUACAUUCAACAGGAAGGGGGACAGCAUUGCUUCCUGUGACACCUCCGGCGUGCUGAAGCUCUGGGACAUGCGGAGGUUGCUCCCUGUUCUCUCCCUCGACGCAGGUCCCCAUCCUGCCAACCAGGUGGCCUUUCAUCGCUCUGGUGACCUGGUGGCCGUGGCCAGCAGCGAGGGCUCCGUGAAGGUGCUGUCCGUGGCCGUGGGCCAGCUCUCCGUCCUGCGCGGCCCCGGGGUCGAGGUGCGCUGCGUGCGCUUCCACAGCCAGGAUUCCCUGCUGUCCGCGGGUGCCGACGGCAGGGUUUGCCUCUGGACCUGGGCACCGUGACACGCGUGGCCCCCGUCGCCUUCCACAAGAGCGGUCUGACAGCAGCACUGCGGGUUUAUAGCUUCACAGCUCG